UGAUGUGGCUAUAGUCUUCCCAGCUUACUCCAUAUCAAGCUUUUGUCUUGCUUCUUUUGUAUUCUCUUCUUUUCUGUUUCUUUCAGAAGAUUUUUUCCAUCUAACAAAUCCAUGGCUACUGUUACAUUAACAUCAGCCUGUGAUGCUAACCUUUCCCGGACCUUGGCCUGCGAAAGCAGCAAUACCCAUGUUCGUGAUGCCUCAUUUUCUUCUUAUCUUCAUAGCACAGAAGAGACCUUCAUACUGAAACUCGAGGAGUUGACGCGAAAUCCGUCUCCCACUAUCAAUGGACCACAAGAGCCUCUGUCUCAAUACCAAAUAAGUUUAGGAAGAAAGAAAACUGAUGGUGAAAUUAGCAUCUUCGGUGCUGAAAGGUACUUCAAUGGUGGGAUCGAUGACAAUACACAACAAAUUGCCAAGAAGGGGGUGGUAAAGCAGCAUCACAGAGAUGAGCAUCCCAAUUUACAAUUCGUAAAAGCCAAAAUCAAGCAUAGAACUCCAAGUACCUGUUCAAAGUUGAGUUGGAAUAGCCAAAGUGCAUUACUGCCAAGUCUCUUGAGAGACCAGUCACCAAAUAAGAAAAUUAGGUUACAAGGUAAGAGAUUUUUUUCUACAUUCGACUGCAAAUGCUCUUGUUCUGAUAAGAAAUCCAUUGAUGUGGCCAAAAACAUCAGGGAAAGUAAGAAUUCAAGAAACUACAAGAGCAAGGUCGAUAACAGGGGGUCUUAUGAAAAAAAGAUGAUCGUCAAGGAACCCACUGAAAUCGAUCAAGGUCCCAUUGAUUUGGUUGGAACUGGAAUCAAGCAAAAGCAGUUCAAAGAAGAAAUGCUGUUGGAGAAGUUCGAAAAGCUAUGUUUUUCUAUGGUGGGACUAGAGGGAGAGAAGCCAAGGAAGACAUUCGAUGUAUUUGGAUCCCCAGUUGGAGACUUGAGACUGAAUCCCCCAGCAACUUCUGGCAGCUGCCAAAAUGGGAUGCUUGAAGUAGACAUGGAGAGCGAUGCAAGUUCAGACUUGUUCGAGAUCGAGUCUCUCUCAGGGAAUGCAUAUCAGUGUCUCAGUCGACAGGGAUCAGAUGGCAUGUCAAGCUGCCUGACACCAACAUGUUACGAGCCAAGCGCAGCGAGCAUUGACUGGAGUGCUGUCACUGCCAGCGCUGCCAAUUUCUCGACAGUAUCGGAUCAUGAGGAGAGAGGAUCAGUUUCAUUAGCUCUUAAAAGUAACAAAACCAUCAUGACCAAGACAGGAACAAACUCAACCAUAGCCAAGGAACAGAGACCCAUUACGUUAUUAGGUUGCAGAAGUCAUAAAGCAGUGAAGGUAGCGGCUGAUGCAUAUAAGAUGUCUGAGAAGGGAAGCCCAAACCCCAACACAAGAAGGCAGUGGCCAGGGUUGUGUGAUCCUUUCGCGCCAAUUGCAAGGUUCCAAGCCAAGACAAAAGGCCAUCGAUUCUGA